UGACCUUGUGUUGACUGGACUGCAGCACUGUCUCUCUGUAUCAUAAUGUUUGACAUUACUUUAUUCAUGUCUAUUUUAUAACUGUAAACCGGCCGCAAUGAGCAAAUACAUCCUACCGUUGUCUGCUUUCGGAACGGCUGUGGGGUUUGCUGUUCUCUUGAAGGACUAUGUGACCCGGGGCCCGUGCCCCAGCAAGGCAACCAUCCCGGGGAAGACGGUGGUAAUCACAGGCGCCAACACGGGCAUCGGGAAGGCCACCGCCCAGGAGCUCGCCAAGAGAGGGGGUCGGAUCAUUCUGGGAUGUCGGGACCUGGUGAAGUGUGAGGCGGCGGCGCGGGAGAUCCGGGGGAAGACCCUGAACCCCCACGUCUACGCCCGGGAACUGGACCUGGCCUCCGUCCGCUCCAUACGCCGCUUCGCCCAGGCCAUCAACCAAGAGGAGCGGCGGGUCGACAUCCUGAUCAACAACGCGGGGGUGAUGCGCUGUCCGGCGGGCAAGACGGAGGACGGCUUCGACAUGCAGUUCGGGGUGAACCAUCUCGGCCACUUCCUGUUGACCCACCUCCUGCUGGAGAAGCUGCAGGACUGCGCCCCCAGCCGGGUGAUCAACGUGUCAUCGCUGGCCCAUGUCGUGGGGCAGAUGGACUUCGAGGACCUCAACUGGGACAGGAAGAAGUUUGAUACCAAGCGGGCUUACUGCCAGAGCAAGCUGGCCAACGUCCUGUUCACCAGGGAGCUCGCCGCGCGGCUCCGGGGUACUGGGGUGACGGUGAACUGUGUGCACCCUGGGGUGGCGUCCACUGAGCUGGGGAGACACACGGGCCUCCACCAAUCGCCCUUCUCCACCACGGUGCUCAGUCCGUUCUUCUCGCUGCUGGUGAAGGGCCCGGCGCUGGGGGCCCAGCCCAGCGUGUACCUCUCCGUGGCCCCCGAGCUGGAGGCCGUGACGGGCCGCUACUACGACGUGCUGACGGAGACGGAGCCCGCCCCGCAGGCGCUAGACCCGGACGCCGCCCGCCGCCUCUGGGACGCCAGCAGCAGCCUGCUGGGUCUGGAGGCCGGCCCCCCGGGACAGACCGCCCCGGGACCCGCCCCCGGGCCUACAGAGACCGGGGGGGCGGGGGUCGUAGUGGACUGACUGAGGCGCGGCCCUCUCUGGCUGCCACGGGACCCGGCGAUGGAUCGCUAUGGAAACGACCUUCGAGACUUAAACUAUGAACUCUGAAAAGGGUUUUAUUAGAGGGACUCCCCGUGAGAUGCAGGUCAUUAAGGAGCACUUGGGGGGGGGGGGGGUCAGUGGUCAUGUGCAGACGCCGGGAUCGGAUCCGUUACCCUUGUGUGGACGGGUUGGACAGGGGAUGGGAACAUCCACCAUCUCUCCUCAGAACCUGGUGCUGUAGUGACAUCUGGUGGCUCAAAGCUGUACUACAUCAUCUCUCCAAAGAACCUGGGCUGGGUUGCGCCAAAUGGGCGUAAGCCUGGUCUUAAAUACGCCUGGUCUCGUAACUUGGCGUUCUAAGUCCGACCUAACCGUUACGCCGGUUGCACCAACUGGGCUUAGCGUUCUUUUCACUAAGACCAGGGGUAAAUCCUACGCCUGGUCAGGGGCAGGCGUAGAGUCCCGAUUCCCGGCUGUUUCUAUAGCAGUUACAUCCGAUCCAUCCAGCGCAAUCAUGGCACGUGUAAUACAUACGCGCGGGCAUUUAGACGGGAAAGAGUAAUUAGGGACAGAAGCAAUCCAUUGGACAUUUCAUUGCGCUUCGCUUCUAUGCAAACGGGGCAUCUCAAAACACAGCCGGCGAUAUGAUCAGUGUUCACAGAUCGACCGCCUGUCGGGUUAUCCGGAGGGUUUCACUGCCUUCGUGGGGAGAUGCGGAUGCACCCAGAUCGGGUCUGCACACUAAUAGCUGCGUGCACUGUUCUGCACAACAUCUGCAUCUCCAAGAGAAUCCCUCUCCCCAGUCCCCAGUCCGUGCUGAACUUAUUAAUCAGUUGUGAAUAUUGUUUUAGUUAUGUAUAUAUAGCUUUUAUAUAGGCCGACACAUUAAACAGAUCUCUCCUACAGUCUCAAAACACCUCAAUUAGCUCCUUGAUGUUCAAUGCAUUGCUUCUGUCAAAAACAACCAUUCCCGGCAAAAUGCCUGCUUGUAAACCAGACAACACAAAUACCUAUUUUAAUUACAUUUGUUUGCAGUGUUUUAUUGUUAUGCAUUAACACAAUUGAUGAAUGACAUUGAAUGAAAGAAUGAAAUAUUUAUUCCGGUGUCCAACAGCAUGUCAAGCAAAAUUGUAAAUAGCUGUCGGCGCGAGGUAUCCUAGCAACGCGGUGAUAUGCGUAUUUCAUGGAACAUUCAUAUGGCCGCGCAUGGCUAGACCCGGCGCAGUUACGACUAGGCCCUUGGUGCUGUAGAGACAUCUGGUGGCUCAAAGCUGUACUACAUCAUCUCUCCUAAGAACCUGGGGCAGUAGUGACACCUGGUGGCUGAAAGCUUUAUUUCUUGGAAAUGGAGAAGCCUAACUUAAAAAAGAAACAGCUAAAUGUCUUGAAAAAAACGUGACUAGAUAACCAUAAUAUAUGAAUGUACAAAUAUGAAAUCUGCCAUAUUGUUCGUGUUUCACUUCGGGAAGACUUCCAUCUCUUUUUUGAAAAUGAUGAAAAAAGUUUUCAUAGUUUAUUAAAACAAUCAUGGGCACAUUUUAAGAGUAUAUAUGUUAAGUUUGUAUACUAUAUAUACACUAUGAUAAACUAUAAUACACAACUGUACAACACAAUAUACACUAUACUCUAAAGAACGCUCCAACACUAUUGUACACUACUGUACACAACCCAGAAUAAUAAUUAUUCUGGUGUGUGUGUUUCAAACAGACAGCUGAGGACUAAUCUACAGAUGAGGCCAAUUAAUUAGGUUUUAUGUGCUACCACAUAUAGGCUACCACAUAUUUAUGAAACUCAAUAGCAUGAUUAACUUUUAAUUAGCGUUGAGAGG